AUUCAGUGCUACUGGGGUUUUUUCAGUUACAAAAUGCAACCGGGCAGAGAUCGCAUUGUCCAUGCUUCGAGAGAAUAAAAAUGGCUUCGAUAUAGUUAUCAGCGAUGUUCACAUGCCCGAUAUGGAUGGAUUCAAGCUCCUGGAGCGUGUUGGGUUGGAGAUGGACUUGCCUGUUAUAAUGAUGUCUGCGGAUGAAUCCAAAAGUGUUGUGAUGAAGGGAGUCACUCACGGAGCUUGUGAUUAUCUUAUCAAGCCAGUUCGGAUUGAAGCACUGAAGAAUAUAUGGCAGCAUGUGGUACGAAAGAGGAAGAACGAGUGGAAGGAAUUGGAACAAUCAGGAAGUGUGGAAGAAGGAGAUCGACAGCAAAAACAAACUGAAGAGGCAGAUUAUUCUUCUUCAGUAAAUGAAGGGAACUGGAGAAGCUCAAAAAAGAGGAAGGAUGAGGAAGAUGAGACAGAAGACAGGGAUGACACGUCCACAUUAAAGAAGCCACGUGUUGUUUGGUCUGUGGAACUCCAUCAACAGUUUGUUGCAGCCGUCAAUCAGCUUGGCAUUGACAAGGCUGUUCCGAAGAAAAUUUUGGAGCUGAUGAAUGUUGCAGGACUCACUAGAGAAAAUGUUGCAAGCCACCUCCAAAAGUAUCGCUUGUACCUGAGAAGGCUAAGUGGAGUGUCACAGCACCAGAGUAAUUUAAAUAAUUCCUUUAUAAACCCGCAGGAAGCAAAUUUUGGUCCAUUAUCUUCGCUCAAUGGAAUUGACCUUCAAACUCUGGCUGUUACUGGUCAACUCCCAGCACAAAGCCUUGCAACGCUCCAAGCAGCCGGGCUUGGUAGGUCAAGUGCAAAAUCUGGCAUAUCCAUGCCCAUUGUUGAUCAAAGGAACUUAUUUAGCUUCGAAAAUCCAAAGCUGAGAUUUGCGGAGGCACAACAGCAACAUAUGACUAAUAGUAAGCAAAUGAAUUUACUUCAUGGGAUUCCAACCGCAAUGGAGCCAAAACAGCUUGCCAGUUUGCACCAUUCUGCACAAUCCAUCGGCAACAUGAACAUGCAAGUCAACACCCAUGGGGGACAGAGUAGCCAAAAUAAUGCCUUGUUGAUGCAGAUGGCUCAAUCACAGUCUCGGGGACAGAUACUCUAUGAGAACUCAGGAAGUCAUGCUACUAGGUUACCGUCAUCUAUCACGCAGCCUAUUUUAACAUCAAAUGGAAUUGGUGCCAGUGUUUCUGCAAGAACUGGGAUUCCUGAUAAUGGCAGAGGGGGAGCUUACAAUCCAGUAUCUCAAGCUUCUUCAAUGUUGAAUUUCCCCUUGAAUCACAAUGCAGAAUUGCCUGGCAAUAGUUUCCCUCUCGGAAAUGCUCCUGGGUUGUCCAGCCUGGCAUCAAAAGGGGCAUUCCAGGAAGAUGUAAACUCGGAUAUAAAAGGAUCAGGAGGAUUCAUGCCAAGUUAUGAUAUAUUCAAUGACUUGCAUCAACAUAAACCCCAAGAUUGGGAACUACAAAAUGUAGGCUUGACCUUCGAUGCCUCUCAGCAUUCGAACCCCCUUCAAAGCAGCCUUGACGUCACACCAUCAGUUCUAGUUUCCCAAGGGUUUUCCUCCAACCAAAGGAAUGGGCAGAAUGGGAAUGCAACUGCUGUAGGUAAGGCAAUGUUCUCAACAGGAGAAGGACCUGAACAUGGGAAUGUACAGAAUGUUGUUAAUCAGAAUCUCAACUCCCUCUUCACUGACAAUUCAAUAAGAGUGAAGUCAGAAAGGGUUUCUGAAGCAAGAAUUCCAUCAUCGCUCUUUCCUGACCAAUUUGGUCAAGAAGAUCUCAUGAGUGCACUUCUCAAACAGCAAGAAGGAAUUGGACCAGCCGAAAAUGAGUUUGAUUUUGAUGGUUAUUCCAUGGACAAUAUUCCUGUGUAGAACAUGCUUUGAUAAUCCGGGUUCUCUUCGUGUCAUGAUUUAGCAGCUUUCUGGUGUACAUAGUCACCGAAAAUUUUCUCUCUGUUGGAUGGAGAGUUAAUUUUGUGUUUGCUUCUAGAGACAGGAUUGCUUGAACUCCGCACAGCCACAUCUACCUCUGUGAAUACAAUAUGGGGCCGAUUCCAUUUAAACAUAGAAGGAUCAUCCCGAUUCGUGGUGGAAGAUGUUUUACGAAGCAUGUAAGACAUCGGUGCAUGACAUGCGAAGGCAUGUAUGCAAAAUUUUGACUGUUUUUGGUAGGCAAAAGAAAGAAAAUCUAGCAAGAAGCAACUAAUUUUAGGGAAUGCUUGGUUUUUAAGGGUGUCCAUUGUGUUUGGGGGAAGUUUUAGAGUAAGUAAGUUGUGGUGAUUUUAUUUGGACAUCUGCUGAGAAAAUGUAGGAGGAGCCUCUCUAAUUCCAAUAAUACAUCAGGCUUGUUUGUUUGCCAUUCCUCUGAAAUUUUUCUCUUCUGGGUUUAGUUUCUUUUCUUGAUUUUGUUCAAGAAAUUGACUCUGAAUGUAUAUAUUUCAUUUGA